AUGGGCAGCAGAGAUAGACACAUCACCAUCCAGACACCCCAGGAAUCCAUGACCUAUCCAGCUGCGUGCGCGUCAUCAGGAAUCAGAACCGGUCUCAACUCUGAACACAGCAGCUGGAUUCAAGAGUGUCCAAUCUCCAGCUCUCCUUCUCCAGUCCUCCACCGGAGGUCUUUGUCUCCAGUGUCCCCUCCAUCCAACAAGAGCCCUUUGACUCCACUAUCCUGCAAGUUUCCACAAGUCUCAGGGGAGAUGGAGGCGGACCUCCCCCCUAACAGAGAGCCUUCUCCAUGGGCUGAAAGCUGCAGGGACUCCUCAGAUGAAGGUGCAGCUUGUGGAGGUCAGAGUAGCCCUGCUCUGAGAAGACACCUGGUCUCUACUGUCCCCAGCCCCGAUCAGAACCCGGCGUCAGCCCGACUGCAGCAUUUUGAUCCUGAUAAAAACAGCCUGUUUUUACUGAAGGAGCUCGACGCUCUGAGAGCACUCAACAACAAACUCCAGGAGCAGCUGGUUCAGAAGGAGAAGGAGCUGCUGGAGAAGGAGGUGGACGACGAGCUGAAGGAGGAGGAGAGAAACGUCCGAUGCUGGGAGAGAUCUGCAUCGGUGUUGGAGGAGGUGCUGGUGGCUCAGAAGGACAGAGACCGGGCUCUGAUGUCACGACUCCUGCUGGCCAAUGAGGAGAGAGACGAGGCUUUGCGACGCGCUCGCCGACUUCAGGAAGCAGCCGAGUACGACAGGUUGGAGGCUGUAGACCUGCAGGACACUGAUAUGGAUGUAGAGAAGCUCCUUCAGGGUGUUUGUGAAGCCGACAAUGUCCAGGAAGUCGAGCGGUUUGGGGCGCACCUCAUCCAUCAUCUUCGGAUGUCGCAGCAGCGACGAAACAGCAUCACAGCUCAGGAGAUGAAGGCUGUGUUGGAGGACCGGGACAAAUCUGUAAUUAAGUGUAAAAGACUAGAAGAGGACCUGCUUCAGCAGAGGCACCAGUGGAUGACCCAGGAGGAGAUGCUGAUGCUGCAGAGAGAACGAGGCGGAGCUCUGGAGGACAGGCGCCAACUGGACGCUGAGAUUCAGGAACUACGAGUCGAUCGCAGCUCGCCGCUCUCCGUUCCUAACGAAGCCCCGUCGCUGCCUCCUGACAGCGUUUCCCAGAAGCCGCUGGCCUCUCAGGACCAGAACCUCCAGGUCCGACUGCAGCAGCUGUCCAGGGAGAAGCAGAGCGUCGAGGAGGAGCUUCGACGGAGCCAGGAGGCCGAGCGAGAAGCCUCUGAGAAAGUCCGCAGGUUGGAGCGUCUGGUGGACGUGUUGAGGAAGAAAGUUGGGACCGGAAGCCUUCGUGUUAUUUAA